CAUCUUCAUCCAUCUCCCCAACCCCGUCCCUUCGGAUGCGCACGCGGUUGCAGUCCAUCGUCAGCCGCUGAACCGCCCGAUUACCUGCCUGGCGCCUUGCCCCAGUACGCCAUCCUUACUGCAAGGCCUUUGACACAGCUGAUCGGUUUCGCGCCACACGCGCUCCGAUCUGCGCAUCUUCGGGGCGAUACUCAAGCAAGGCACAGGCAGUAAAAAAGGCGGGCUUAGUGGUCCACGAUUUGGCGACUGCUGCUGCUGUGGUGAUAGAGUCAGGGCUGCUCUUUGCGACCGACGCGAAAGCCCGGGUGGGUGGGUUGCCUUUGCUGCAUAUCGCCUGCUUCGUUGCAAGGGGGCAUAUAGUGUCAGGUAAAUAUUUGCUAUAGAAAGAACUAAUGAACAAUGGUACAAAAUCUCGUUCGCAACGAUGGCGUCUCCGCGUUGGCGUAUUCUAUAAAUGAUGCAUCUGUAUUAUGGCCAUGUUCUUUGAAGAUUCUCUACUCGGACGCACAGUUUGUCGUGUCUCUCGGACACUCCAUUUCCAGCCAUGGGAUUGACGACAAGCAACUUAUUACCUUUCGCUAUGAAGGCGACAAUCUUAUGCCCGGCAAGACGUCGCUCGAGAAUGUCGCUGUUUCUCUCCCUGAUGGAUCGCUGGAUAGCAUCGCACGACAUGGGCAACCUCGCCCCCGGACGCUGUCGCUGAUGCUCAAAGCACCCUGUUCUGUAUGGUACCCGCACAGUUUUGGCAAUCGAGUGUCCAGCCUCCCUACUGGUUUCCACGAGCUCUUGACCCUAGCUAGAGCCACAGAAGUACGCAUCGUGUUUGAUAUAAAUUGGCUUGGGAAGAACAAUCUCGCCCGGCUCCAGAGCGCCGUUAAGGGCUCUAGGCAGCUCACUGGGGUUCCGGUUAUCCCUCAGUUCGCACGUUUGUAUCAAAAGGCCGACUGGUCAAUUCUCAACUCCAUUCUGGAUGUCAAGUCUGAAGCUCAUCUUCCUACUGAAGACUUGACAUCCGAAGCUGUACCUUCUAUCGAGGAUGCGGUAGCUGAAGCCCCUCCUUUUGAAGAUGCGUUACAUGACGCUCCACCUUCAUAUGCCCAUGUGUCGGGCAAGCGUCCAAGAGACGCUCGCACCAGCUUGACACCUGACUCUCCUCUACCGAAGCGCCUUCUCCAAGAUCACACACAAGCGUCCUCGCCAACAGAGCGCGCCAAGUCCAUAGCUUCUUCCACCUCGACCGUUCAAGUGGACGUUUUCCAAGACAUUGUCACAUCCGCCGUUAAAAAAGCGCUCCCAGAUCUACUACGCGCCCAGCUUCCCAGCCUGGUGCAAGAACUGCUUCCAGGAAUGCUUGCUGGCUCCUCGCCGUCGCCGUCUUCAUCACCAAGAUCACAUUCCAGCCAAACCGCGAGCGCACGCCCGCAACAUGAUCGAGCUCCAAACUACAAACCCACACCCGCGGCAGUCAUGAGAGCUGCUAUCAGCACCUGUACCGAGACGCACCUCCAAAGACUCUUGACCGAUACUCUCAAUGAAGCCUCCAACCAAACCUCUGAGCUUCACAACUCGGCUAGCGUAGAAUUUGAAGAUUACCUCGCCGACACCAGGCUUGAAUUCGCAGCGCUCAAAGAGGACCACAUGGCCGCCUUCGACGACAAUUGCAACGAAAAGUUGGCCGAGUUUAGAGAGCGACUGUUAGAAGAGAAAGAGGAGACACACAUGGAGGUCAAGGCACACGCUGAUGAGGCUGAAUAUGGUGCGGUGUCGAUGCAAGUGUCUGUGUGGUCCGAGGGACAGGCAGAGAAACGUGGAGCGAGGGCGAAGGGCAAUGUCUCUGCCUCUUUGAGCGACGAGGAGGCUGCGGAUAGCGCCACACCGACUCCUCACUCCAUCUCAGAAACACGUCUCUCGUAUAUAUGA